AUGGAUUCAUUUGUCGAGGCCGGCCAGGCCCACUUGUUUAAGCACUACGGCUCGUUGCUGGAUCAGGAAAAGAAGCACCUCGAGCUCCAGCUCAGCGAAAUCGAAAACCCAAAGAACCUCGUGGCCACCGUGCAAGAGGCCAUUCAGUUCUCAAAACUGGCGGGCGAAAAAUCGUUUGCCCAGCUCCCCAAGCAACUGACGUCGUCGACCAUCGAACAGCUGAAAGAACACUUGGACCGCUGGUUUGAUCUUGGUUUGAAGGCCAUUGCCAACAACGAGGUGGCGGUGCUUCUAUUGGCUGGUGGCCAGGGCACUCGUUUGGGGUGUCUGGAUCCAAAGGGCUGCUACGACAUUGGCUUGCCCUCGGGAAAGACGUUGUUUCAGAUCCAGGCAGAGAAGAUCUUGAAGGUGCAGCAGUUGGCGAAGGAGAAGCAUCCUCAGCUGGAGCCCACGGUCCAGUGGUACAUUAUGACUUCGGGAGCGACCCGUGAAGCCACAGAGAGCCAUUUUGCCAAGAUGAACAACUUUGGCUUGAAAAAGGACCAGAUAACGUUCUUCAACCAGGGCACGUUGCCCUGCUUCAGUUUGGACGGCUCCAAGAUGUUGAUGAGCCUGAAAUCGGCUAUUUGCGAGUCUCCCGACGGCAACGGUGGUCUUUACAAGGCGAUCGUCAAGGCCAACCUCGUGGAGGAUUUCCACAAGAAGCACAUUAAGCACAUACACAUGUACUGCGUAGACAACUGUCUUGUCAAAGUGGCCGAUCCGCAAUUCCUUGGUUUUGCUAUUGAGCGUGAGUUUGCCUUGGCCACCAAGACCGUGAGGAAGCGUGAUGCCGGCGAGUCUGUUGGGCUCAUAGUGUUGGAUGAGCAGAAGCAAAGACCCUGUGUGAUUGAGUACAGUGAAAUUUCGCCCGAGUUGGCUCAAAAGGCUGAUCCGCAUGAUCCGGCCAAGUUGUAUUUGCGUGCAGCCAACAUUGUCAACCACUACUACUCGGUGGAUUUGCUCGAGCAGAUGUUGGACAAGUGGACGUCGUCGCAAGAACACUUACCGUUCCAUAUUGCCAAGAAGAAGAUCCCUUCGCUCGACUUGGAAACUGGCGAGUUUGUCAAGCCCGAAGUGCCCAACGGUAUCAAGUUGGAGCAGUUCAUUUUUGAUGUGUUUCCCUCGGUUGAGUUGGACAAGUUUGGGUGCUUGGAAGUGGAGAGAGCCGAGGAGUUCAGUCCGUUGAAGAACAACACUGCUGCCGCCAACGACAAUGCCCACACGUGCAAGAAGCAUUACCUUGAGUUGGGCACCAAGUGGGUCAGAGAGCAAGGAGGCAUUGUUCCCGAAGGAGCGUUUGUGGAGGUGUCAGGAUUGACAAGUUACCACGGAGAGCACAUGGAGUUUGUCAAGGGCAAAGAGUACAAGGACGGCGACCAGAUUUAG